AAUGCAAAAAAUACACAAGAGUUUCGACAUAGCGAUACCCCUCCUGUUGUCUUUCUUGGUACCCUCUACUCUACUCUAUUCCGAUCCACUGGCACCUUAUUGACCAAAACUCGGCACAGAUCUGCACCACCACAGCAACGGACGAAAGUCCAACCCACAUCGCCAACCAAUCCAUCUCCGCAACGGCAGCGGCGGGGAAUUUCAAUGCCAGUUACCACCACAGCGAUGACAGUACUGUUCCCCACCUCCCACACUUUCCACGGCGUGACUAACGCAGCGCAGCGAUAACACCCGGCAGAGCCGCAGGAAUCGGGGUCGGGAGCAUGGUGUUUGGGAUGAUUGUUGGUUGCGUUAUUGUGUCCUGCUGGAGGAGUGAGAGGGGUAAUUGCUGGCGCAGAAGAAGGGAGCGGAAGAAUCGCGGGGAGUAUUGGGAUCGUUUUGGGGAGUGUGGCGGGUGUGAUGGGUGUUGCGGCGGUGGGGGGUGUGGGGGGUGCUCGUGUUAAUGUACAGUA